GGUUUUAAAUUGGUUUCCACUCAGCAGCAGUCACUUGAGUAUUUUACAUUUACCUCUCCUAAUGGAAGACCAGAAAAUACGUGAAUGCAUCAGUAUAUAUAAGCUAUGUGGGGGGGGGAAACCAAAACAGCUGUAGAUUGAAUAUUAUGGAACUUGCUAACCAUGCUAAAGGUGGUGGUUAUUAGAAACUGCAUCUGUAAGAGACAAAACCAGCAUUUCAGAGUCUGAAAUCCUGCUAUUUGAUAUUAUGCUAGAGUUUUAACUGCUUUCUCCGUUGGAGGCUUUUGUGCUAACUUUGCAAGUGAAAAGUCUCAGGAAGACUACAAGGAAACGAAAAAGAAACUUGAUAUUUAAAAGGCAGAAGGCUGGAAAAAUACCACUUGGCAUUGGAUCGGCGCUUCAUAAGAUGAACAUCACACAUCACCUUGGCAUGCACCAGCCUCUGCGCUUCUGGAACCACAGCUAUGGAUUGCAUGGUGGUGCCAAUGAGUCAAGUGGAAAAGGUUACUCCUCUGGGGGGUGCUAUGAGCAACUUUUUGUGGCCCCGGAAGUGUUUGUGACUCUGGGCUUCAUAAGUUUAUUGGAGAACAUUUUGGUCAUUGUGGCAAUAGCCAAGAACAAGAAUCUGCAUUCACCAAUGUACUUUUUCAUCUGUAGUCUGGCAGUGGCUGAUAUGCUAGUGAGUCUGUCAAAUGGAUCAGAAACCAUUGUAAUCACUCUGUUAAACAAUACAGACACUGGUGCACAAAGUUUCACCGUAAACAUUGACAAUGUCAUUGACUCGGUGAUUUGCAGUUCCUUACUUGCAUCCAUUUGCAGCCUGCUUUCAAUAGCUGUGGACAGGUAUUUUACGAUCUUUUAUGCUCUCCAGUACCAUAACAUUGUGACAGUGAAACGUGUAGGGAUCAUCAUAACAUGCAUCUGGGCUGCUUGCACGGUUUCAGGCAUUUUGUUCAUCAUUUACUCAGACAGCAGCGUUGUCAUCAUCUGUCUUAUCAGCAUGUUCUUCACCAUGCUAGUUCUCAUGGCCUCCCUCUAUGUCCACAUGUUCAUGCUGGCCCGACUGCAUAUCAAAAAGAUUGCAGUUCUUCCAGGGACGGGCACCAUUCGUCAAGGUGCCAACAUGAAGGGGGCCAUCACUUUGACCAUCUUGAUAGGGGUUUUUGUUGUGUGCUGGGCCCCAUUUUUCCUCCACUUGAUUUUCUACAUCUCCUGCCCCCACAACCCAUAUUGUGUGUGUUUCAUGUCCCACUUUAACUUGUACCUCAUUCUCAUCAUGUGCAAUUCCAUCAUUGAUCCCCUUAUCUAUGCAUUCCGGAGUCAAGAGCUCAGGAAAACCUUCAAGGAGAUCAUUUGCUGCUGUUGCCUUCGAGGGCUUUGUGACUUGUCUAACAAAUAUUAAAUGGAAACAGAGAAACUACUGUGCCCACAGACCUCUAAACCUUCUAGUACUUUUCUCAACAGAACCUGAGCUACGUCUUUAAUAAUGAAUCUCUCUCUCCUGCAGUUAUAAGUCUCAUUCAUGUACAAUUUAUAUCUCUGUGUAGUGCCUGUGCAAGCUACAGCUGUGAUUAUUUAACUUUGUGGGGAAAAAACCUCACCAGUCUGUAAGUAAAAGAAAAAUGUAAUCUAAUAAUACUAAUAAACAUGAUCAUCUGUAGGUCCUAGAUGUUGGGAAAUAAGUUAAUUGCCUUGCUUAAAAUACACAUAUAUUACUCUCCAAACUUAUCCUAAUUCUGUUAACCUAAAAACCAAAGGCAGUUAGUUACUUUCAUCCAUGUCUUCAAUUAUACACACAUGAAAAUUUAAAAUGUAGUUAGGCUAAUGAUGAGUGCUUCUAUAUAUUAUUUGUGUAAUGGUGGAUUGAAUUAUAUAUUUUAAAUUGACAUGUUUCAUUGAGUUAACUCAGUUCAAUAAUUACCUUCAUCAUAAGGAUUCAAAAUAAUUGAAUAAAGUUUCUUUCCACUGAUGCAUGUACUGUCAAAAAUUAAUAAGAUUUUUACAACUUGGCCACACAAGAUGAUAGCUAGCUAGAUAAUGUUUUACAAGAUAGUGAUUGCUGUAUGACUGAGGUUCAGCUCAGCAAGUGGAAAUACGUUCCUAGAGUGACAUUUAGUGCUGGAUAAAGUUGCCAGACUUAAGCCACUUGUUUAUCUGCAGAACAGAUGUAAUAUGGGUAGGGUUGACAGAAUUUUUGAUUUUUUUUUUAUAGUUUUGAUGGAUAAUAUCAAUGUUUAUUUUUAAGCAUUGUUUCCUAUUUUUAUCAAUUUAAAAUUUCACAGUUGUGGGAAAUUAUGGCAGUCAGAUAAUAAUUAUUUCAUAACAAUACAUGUUGAGAUUCAAAAAGCUAAAAUUUUAUAAUCACUAAAACACAAAUUGUCAAUAUCACAUGUCAA